CGAUUUAUGCUAUCGUUUGGAUUUGAAGGAAUUUGAGGAUGAAAAAGAAAAGAAAAAUUUUCUGGGCCAGUAUUUUUGUUUAGGAUCGGCCUACUAUCAGUUUGUUGGGCUGAGCCCAUGUAGUAUAGUUAGUUGGUCUAAACUGUUUUGCUUUCACUUUCUAGUUCCCCUUCUGCCUCUCCCACUGGCCGCUGUGUUAAAGCACCAAAAGGCAAAUAGUCCCCAUCACCGAUGAUCGGAACAGGUGAUCUUCGGCCGGCGGCGAUUUCUCCUCGAUGUAAUCCUCGACUAAUCCCAAUGCGGCUCCUCGGAUGGAUUGCCGUCUUUCUUUCAUCCUUCGCCUGCCUCCACCUGGCCGACGCAAAGACGCCCGCUGUGGCCUUCCUCUCGCACUAUAACAAGUACUGCCACAAAACCGUCCCGGAGUCUCCCGAAACCGCGAAGCCGAUGAAUUUGGAUAGCGGCGAGGACAUGAUCCUCCACUUCGACAUUGCGUACUUCACGGGCGGCAGUCAAAUCUUCCCAGGUAAAUCGUCGAUAGACUCCGAUGGAAUCUCGCUCUCUUUCCACCCGAAACGCCGCACUAUCUUCGUCACUGAGAAUCCCGACGUGCUCAAGCUCCAAGCGAGUCUCAAGUUCCACCUCCCUCCCCGAGGUUACUCGAUGUGGCACAACAACCGGAAUUUGAGAGAGAUUCGCUUCCGAGGGCCGAGAAUUCCUGUGAGGACCAAGGCCGUAGGGUUCGAGUUCCAUGGCUUCUGGGCUAGGAAGACAGGGGAAUUGUGUAUGGUGGGAUCUGGAUCCAGUCUCGGAAGCUCUCACGCUGUGAGUUUUGCUCCUUCUUCAAGUGUUGUUCUGAAGCUCAAGUACCCGGUUAGUGAUCCAGGGAACGUUAGUAGUUUGAUUCUUGGCUCUUUGGAGAGUGUUAGCCCUGGAGGGAGUUUGGAUUACUUCGAUCCUGUUUCCAUAUUGGCUGUUCCUCACUUUGGCGAGUAUAAGUAUUCGUUGAUGAGUGGAGGCAAGGGAAAUUGUUUGAGAAGUAAUGGUGGAAUGGAAGAGAAUCUUCCUAUUGAGUUGAAGGAUCAAAGUGUAUGCUUAUCUCAGUUGUACCAGCAUGCAAGGAGCUUUGAACUGGAGUAUGGCAGCGAAUGUAGCGAUAGCUCGAAUGGCAGCAAAUGCAAUCCUCUUACUGCUGAUUCUCAGGGUUUGCCUGGUUUCAUGACUAUUCAAGGUAUUAGAUGUGAACCCAACCGUGGUAUGAGAGUCUUAGUUGGGUUUCCUGACUCUAUUGAAUAUUGGUCUCGAGCUUUUGGUUAUGGUAGAGUUUUCAACCCGAAUAAUAUGCUACUCGGUGAGGGAGCAUGGGAUGAAAAGGAGAAUAAGCUAUGUGUGAUAGCAUGUCGAGUCUUGGGGUUUCACCGUUCAUUGCAUAAUGCUUCUGUUGGCGAUUGCUCGAUUCAAUUGAACUUGAGAUUUCCCAAGAAGAUGACGAUUCAACAUAGGAGUAAUGUAGUUGGUCAAAUUUCGAGCAGCAAGAGUGUUAGUGAGGCAGGCUACUUUCCCCCAAUUGGUUUUCAUGGCACUAAGAAUAAAGUAACGGGUCUGCCUGGGCUGAGAUAUGACUACACUAUGCUUGACUUGGUUGGUAAAUCUUGUGCUGAAAAGAAAAUCUCAAAAGGAAAAGGGACGUACCCUAGUCCUUAUUCCUACGACAUGAGAUUUGAUAUGUCAGUGACCAACAGCAAGGGAGAGAAAGCCGAAGGUGAUGCAUCACCAUUUUUUGUGGGUGAGCAGCUGUUUGAGCCAUACCGAAUGCACAGUGGAACUAACAGUCGCCUGAAUCUCAGUUACAAGAUCAGCUUCACACCAUCUUCUGAUUUUGAGCUUGGAGAUGAGAUUUUGUCUAAUAGGUCUGUUGAUUUCUCGGCUGAAGGUACUUAUAACAAAGAGAAUGGUGUAUUGUGCAUGAUUGGUUGCCGCCAUUUGGUAUCUCAUAUUAAACACCCUACUAGAAAUGAGACAACUGAUUGUAAGAUCCUUAUCACCAUGCAAUUUGCUCCUCUGAAUUCAAAUGUUAGAGCUGAUAUCAAAGGAAGCAUUGAAAGUAUGCGGGGCAAGGAAGAUCCUCUUUACUUUCGCAAACUUCAGAUAUCUUCGCAUUCAGUCUACAUUAAACAAGCCGCAGACUCCAUCUGGAGAAUGGAUAUAGAGAUUCUCCUCGUCUUAGUUACUAACACUCUUGCUUGUAUCUUUGUGGGGCUGCAACUUUAUCAUGUAAGUAAGCACCCUGAAGUCCUGCCCUUCUUGUCCUUUGUUAUGCUUGUUGUUCUGACAUUGGGCCACAUGAUACCAUUGCUGUUAAACUUUGAGGCGAUGUUCGGAUCAACCUCGGGCAGACAGAAUGUGUUUCUCGGGAGUGGUGGGUGGCUGGAGGUGAAUGAAAUAGUAGUGAGGAUGGUUACAAUGGUAGCGUUCCUCCUCCAGUUUCGCCUUCUCCAACUUUCUUGGACUUCUAGGCAGACUGCUAAACGUCAGAAAAGCUUGUGGCUUUCUGAGAGAAGGGUUGUUUAUUUCUCCUUACCACUUUAUGCAGCCGGUGGGUUUCUUGCUUGGUAUGCACACCAGUGGAAGAAUUCCUACACAAAUUCAUAUCUUCGAUCUCGUCACAGGUUUUAUCAGCAGCAGCAUUAUCCUUGGGAUCAUUUCAAGUCUUAUGCUGGGCUCAUCCUUGACGGGUUUUUGCUCCCACAGAUAGUUUUCAACUUAUUUCUGAACUCGAGCGAAGAUGCUCUUUCCUUGCCUUUUUGCAUGGGAACGACUAUUGUCCGCUUGUUGCCACAUGCAUAUGACCUUUACAGGGCUCAUAGUUCCUCCUGGUACCUCGACUUGUCUUAUAUCUAUGCAAACCACAGAAUGGAUUUCUACUCCACAUCUUGGAACAUUAUCAUCCCUAUAGGUGGUUUGCUGUUUGCUGCAAUCGUUUACUCUCAGCAGAGGUUUGGUGGCCGUUGCAUUCUUCCAAAACGAUGUAGGGGAACUUCUGAAUAUGAAAAGGUACCUACUGUCAGCAGUGAGGAAAUGACUACAUAUAGUCAACACUGAAUUUGCUUGGAGGAUGGCGAAAAUAGCAAAGAUAUUUUGUAGCUUGUGCACAGACAGAGUUUUGAUUCACUUGGACACACUUUCCUUGAAAGAAGGUACUAAAUAAACCCUUUCUCACAAACAUCUUCCCAGGUACUAUGUUUUCUGUUUUCCAGGCUCUCUUUGAGGAAAUGGUUUCUGAUUCAAACUAUCUGAAUAUGGAUUACAGUGGGAUGAAUGCAUCAUAUAUAGCAGAUAACACUCUCAAGUAUCAACGCUAUUGGGAUUCUUUUCCGACCAUGAAAACAGAAAAAAAAGGAAAAGACUUUUGGCAACACAAUUCUGGCGACAACUGGCAGAGUUGGUACUUGAUGAUGGGUUUUAGUUCGUAGAUACUCAUUUUUAUUAGUAGAUCAUCAUCUUGAUUAUGGCUGUGGUGAAAUGAUAUUGCUAUUAUCAUUAUUUAUCAAUCAUCUUAUUCUCUUCAAGUGUCCAUAAAUCUACUGCCAUAAGUAUACCAUUUCUUGCCUUUUUCUUCGAUGAAGCAUACAUUUUGCAGAACUAGUUUGCCUAAUUGCAGAUGUUUACAGAUAAGUGAAAGCGGUAAAGGUAUUCACCUAAUUCGACUCUGAUUGCAGAUGAAGUAUUCAACUCUGUUUCACUUUUUGUAGUGGAAAAGUACUUCUAAAAAUCGAGUUAGACAUAAGCAUUAUAUUUUCGAGAAUAUUGUGUAUUAUGCGAAAUAAGUAAUUCUUUUAAACCUAAUUUGGGAUCAUAAUGCGGAGCAAAGUUGGGCGAUGAAAGGUUAAUUUUGCAAAUGUGGAGCAAAGUUGAACCAUUAUUAUGUGUGCAAGUAACCUUGACUUUUGGUGAAUGAUGUUGGGAUUAUUUUCUAAAAACAUCUAGACAAGUAAUCAAAGCUUCAUUCCUACACAACAACAAAGAAAAGGGGGAAAUGGCAAAGAUGGCGAAUUAAGGAACAUUAGCAUUCUGAAUGGUAAACACCACCCACCUAGGCACCUAACCCCCUCACUUCCCUUUCCCCAUCUUUUAACAACCACCAUACGACUCGAUUUAUAGCACACUUAUCAUGUCUAUUUCUAUUACCAAAAGAUAUGGAUCCACUUUAUAAUCUCUCAAAAGAGAAUGAUUCCACAGAAUUAUUAUUUAUAUGCUUUAUCAAUAACACUCUAAAUACAAACUCGUAAAAAAAAAAACUUAAAGUGAUAUUUUGACGACAAUACUGUAACUUCGUGAUGGUAUCUGGAACUCUCUGCUUUCAUAACCUUUGUAUUUAAUCUUACAUAGCUUGAACAUUCAUCCCAAUAGUACAAGUACUCACCACUUAAGAAGGCACGACUGACAACCUAGACAGAAGCGACUAGUGAUAGAAUUGUGACUAUGAUCCAAUUGAUAAGAAAGAGGGUACUGAUUUAAGAUUGGAUACCUUUCAAUUUUCUCCGAUAUUAUAGACUAGGAAAAGGUCAUGAGAAGAAGUGAAAGUUCUCAACUAUCCUUGACCCUUAGAUAUCUUGAAACUUCACAAUGGUCCAAAAGCUACACACAUCUUUUUUGUACCAAGAACUCUUCAUCUUUCUACAUUAGAAAUUAAUAUCUCAAGUUAGGGCAUAAAUGCUUGCAUAAAGUCUACUGUGCCUUUCACUAAAGACGGCUGUAAUAUAUUCAUUCAACAUUA